CUAAAGGUAAAAUUCAUUCCCUUCCAAAAAGAUGCUUGAUAUAUGAUCAUAUUAACUCUGAAACCUUAAUCCUUUAGCUAUCAGCUAUACUUCCAGGUUAUAUUGUAACAUUUGUUCUUAAUCAACAACAACAACAACAAAAAGAAUGUUCAAGAAGGCAGUAGAAGCUAAGGCUCAGCAGAGGCUAUCAGGUGCCGACAGGAAGAAGCUAAAACGCACCAUCAGAGACCGAUUUCCCAGAGCUUCCGAUGCCGAUAUCGAUGCUUUGCUUCCUCCCAAGGCUGAGAUUACUGUUUCCAAGUUUCAAAAUCGAGUCCAUGUGUAUGGUGUAGAAGGGGGUUUUCCGUUGUUUUUCGAUGUUGAUGGCCGUGGCUCUGAAAUAUACCCUACCGUUUUUGCUCUCUGGAAGCUCCCUGAAAUGUUACCUUAUUUUAUGCUUAAGGGGGGUGAAGUUUCUCGAUUUGUCAUUGGAGGGGCAGAUUUGAUGUUCCCUGGUAUUAGUGUGGCUGCUGAAGGUCUACCUUCGUUUUCAGCUAGUGAGCCAUGGGCGGUUAAAGUUCCUGGCAAUCCAGCACCUAUUGCAGUUGGGUCCACCACAAUGAGCAGUGCUGAAGCCUUAAAAGCUGGUUUGCGUGGGAAGGCUUUAAGGAUAAUGCAUUAUUACCGUGACUUACUUUGGGAGUCGGUUGAGGGUCAUUAUGUUCCUAACUCAGGUUUCUUGGAGGAUGUUGUCUUGGAGGAUCCUUCUUUUUUGGCAUCAAAUCAACCUUCUGAUUCGUCUGAAGGUGCUACUUGCAAGUCCGAUGUGCAACAAAGUUGCGUUAACAAUGAAAAUACCGAGGGGUCUGUUGAUGUAAAUGGUGCUAUUUCUGAUGCAUGUGCUGCCUCAAUGCAAAAUGACUCUGAGAAUGCUGCAAAAGAAAUUACCACGGAUGCCUCUGAUUUGAAGUCAACAGCUAAUGUUGAUGCUGCCAAACUUGAUAUUGAGCUCUUGUCUCUCUCCAUUGAGGAUGUAGAUUCCCAUUUGGAUAGAUGCCUUUUGCAGGCUUUGCAUACAACAGUGAAGGAUAAAGACCUUCCGAUGCCUGGAAGCACGUUAUGGUCAAAUCACGUGUUACCUUGUAGACCUUCAGGAAUCACAUUAGAUAUCAAGAAAUCAUCUCAUAAGAAGUUAUCAAAGUGGCUUCAAGCCAAAUCAUCUACAGGACUGAUAACAGUAAAAGAAGACAAGUACAAAAAAGAAGCUAUGUUGAUUUCUGUUAAUCGAGGUCACCCAGAAUACUUGCAAUUUAAGCCAGAAAAGCGACUGGUAGAGAAAGUUGUUCAGGCUGGUGAUUCUGCUGCUAGUGAAAGCCGUUCACAGAAGGCGCUUGAAGUGGUAGAGGUCUAUAAGUCAAGUGUGCAUGUUAAUCCCAUUUUUGCUUCUGUUGGAGCUGACACUGGGAAACUGUACUCAGCUUCUGAAGCUACUGAUAUUGUCUUCAAGUACAUUGAGAAAGAAAAUCUGGUGAAGCAAACAAACAAAGCCACUGUGGUAUUAGAUGCAACUUUGUGUGAUGCGUUAUUUAAGGGAGCGAUCAAGAAAGGAUCAACAUAUCCAACUGAGAUCCACAAGAAAGAUUUAGGAGCAACAUUUAUAAACCGUAUGCAGGCCCACCACAUGGUGACUAGAGGAGGUGAAUCUGUUGUUCGGAAAGGUGUUUUGAAAACAGUUCAGAUAAUGACUGAACGGAGGCAAGGCAACAAGAAGGUGACAAAAGUUUCAGGUUUGGAAACUUUCCUCAUUGAUCCAGAAGCAUUGGCAUCAGAGUUGCAGAAGAAGUUUGCUUGCAGUACAACAGUGGCAGAAUUGCCAGGUAAGAAAGGGCUUGAGGUUCUUAUCCAAGGUGGGGUCAUUGAUGAUGUUGCGAGACAUCUGCUUGAGCAAUAUGGAAUCCCAAAGAGAUACAUUGAAGUUCUUGAUAAAACCAGGAAAUAAGAAGUGAUAAAUGUUCUUCCAGGUUUUGCGAGUUAAAUACAUCGAUGGUGUUGAGAUAAGAUAGUACGGUAUAAGUUAGCGGCAUUUUUUAUGUCAAAAUCUCUCGGAAGAUGAUCAUUGUGGCGCUUGAUGCAACUGCAAAAGGAGCUUUGAUUUUGUUUCAUCAUAUUUUGUGAUACAACAGUAAUGGAAGAACGGCUUGAAAUAUCAAAACUACUAUCAUCUUUGUUAUAUCACUAAAUCUAGCAUUCUGCUUUAGCUUAAAGACAGUCUGUUAGGUCUCUGCUCCUAAUAUACUUCCAGUUCCAUUGGUUUGCAUGCCUCGUUUGCUAUUUGCACUCUUCACUUUGGCACUUUCUGUUUUACAACUUCAACAGCAAUGGAUGGCAUUUGUUCCAAGUACUAUUUUGUUCUGUAAUCUGAACAGUUCUUUUGUGCGUAUAUAAGCGGAGUUGAUUUUGCCCCGAUUUAA